AUGAGGCUGACCACAUUGCUACCAUUGAUUUGCAUCGCCAUUGGCUAUGCUCGCUCCCAACCGGCGGGCUAUCCGAGUGCCCGUCCUCCUCCAAACACUUAUCUGCCAGCCAAGCCACCAGCUCCACCGCCUCGUCCUCCUCCGGCGCCGGCCAACAGCUACGGUCCGCCGAAGAAAGGAAAUGGAAAGCCACCAGCUGCUCCACCCAAGCCCAGCUAUGGGCCACCACCCAAAAAUGGCAAUGGAAAACCACCGCCCAAUAAUGCAUACUUGCCACCAGACAAUGGCAAUGGAGGAGCAGGAGGCGGCGGUGGAGGUGGUGGUGGUGAGGAUAUACCCAUCAUCAAGCUGGAGUCCAAGGUCAACACUGAUGGUUCUUAUAAGUACGAAUACGAGACCGGAAACGGAAUCAAGGCCGAGGAGAUGGGCUACCUGAAAAACGCCGGAGUGGAAGGAGCGGAGGCACAGACGGCGGAGGGUUCCUUUUCGUACACCAGUCCCGAGGGACAGGAAAUUUCUGACGAAAACGGAUUUCAGCCGCAGGGCGAUCACCUGCCCACACCGCCACCUAUUCCCAUCGAGAUUCAGGAAGCCUUGGACAAGCUGGCCGCCGGAGGUGGAUGCCAUGGAUGCGAUGACAACGAGACGGGAGGCAAUAAUGAUGGCGGUGGAGGUGGCUAUGUCUACCGACGAAAGUGA